AUGACGGGGCUUUGCACCCAAGCCAGUAUUGAGAUUGAUUCCCUCUAUGAAGGAAUCAACUUCCAAUUUGAAGAAUUGAAUGCUGACUUGUUCCGUGGCACCCUGGACCCUUAUGGAGAAAGCCCUUCGGAUGCCAAGAUGGACAAGUCUCAGAUCCAUGAUAUUGUCUUGGUGGGUGGCUCAACCCACAUCCCCAAGAUUGAGAAACUUCUCCAGGACUUCUUCAAUAGGAAAGAAUUAAAUAAGAGCAUCAACCCCGGUGAGGCUCUUGCCUAUGGUGCAGCUGUCCAGGUAGCCAUUUUGUCUGGAGACAAAUCUGAAAAUGUUCAAGACUUGCUGCUGUUGGAUGUCACUCCUCUUUCCCUUGGAACUGAAACCGCUGGUGGAGUCGUGACUGUCCUCAAGCACAAUGCCACCAUUCCUACAAAGCAGACGCAGACUUUCACCACCUACUCUGACAACCAGCCUGGUGUACUCAUUCAGGUUUAUGUAGGUGAGCAAACCAUGACCACGGAGAACAACUUGCCUGAUAAAUUUGAACUCACAGGCAUACCUCCUGCCCCCUGUGGUGUUCCUCAGAUCAAGGAUGACAUUGAACAGAUGGUUCAAGAAGCAGAGAAGUACAAAGCUGAAGAUGAGAAGCAGCGGGAUAAGGAGUCUUCCAAGAAUCUGCUUGAAUCCUAUGCCUUCAACAUGAAAGCUACUGUUGAGGAUGAGAAACUUCAGGUUAAGAUUAAUGAUGAGGACAAACAAGAUUCUUGA